AUGAGCGCGCAGGUCUUCCUAUCGGCAACCUUGUCACGGAGAGAUAACCCCAUCAGCGUUGUGGAAGAACUUGUGGCCAGUCAACAUGGCCUGGAAAAUCUCCAUCUUGCAUUCAACCAAGAUACUGGAGCCGAUUACAUCGACAAGACGCUUCAACCAGUCCUCUCCUGGCUUCAAUAUCCAGCGCUCAAAUCUGCGUCCAAUGGUCUUUAUCUCUCUCGAAUCAUACAGGCUCUUGUGGAACCGCCGACUUCUAAGUUCUGGAACGCACUUUAUGAAAACGUCAAGUAUGAGACUGUCAGCGAACAGUCUAUGCAAUGCUUCGCCUGGUUACUGUUGAGACUACUCACUCAAAGCCCCAAGGUCCGCCCUUCGGAUAUGAUGAUUGCCAAGGAUACUCUGUUGCGACGUGUUCUGGCGGAUUCUUCAGAUCCCACAACUUGCGACCUUGGCCAAAGGAUUCGGCGCGUAUGUGAUGAACGUGAAUCGGAAAAGGCUCCGAGAAGCUUUCAGGCCCAGCAUGACAACGACUUCUAUGAUUUCAGAGAAAUCAGCACUAUUCCGACCAUACAGGAAUUGUUGACCGACGAUAUGUCACGCCUCUUGCGCUCUGUUGAGUUCUAUGACGAAACAAGCGUCCCCAAACGUCGGCGCAAGUACUUUGAGAGCCAAUACAGAUUGUAUCGACAGGACUUCCUGGAAGAGGUCAAGGAGGCAUAUCACAAGGCUCCUUCUGCCGAAGAGAAUCAACCCGAUGCAUCUACUAUGACGUACAAAGUUGAAUUGGCUGGUUUGUCUUGUGAGGACGCCUCAAAAAAACACGGUCAGCAUCCGUGGGCACUCAAACUCAAGUGUCUGGGUGGCUUGACCGAGCUGCAAGAUCUCAACCACGAGGAGCGCCAGAAAUACAUCGCAGAAGAGACUGACUUUAUUCUCGAUCAAUCCCUCGCGGUCCUCCAUGCGGACGGCAAACCAAUAGCCAUUGUGAAGGUUGUACGCGAGGCAGCAUUACUUGCCAACUCGAUUAUCUGUAUUCAAAUCCCGAAUCGAAAGUCCACCCAGGAAGAGCUAUUCAGCAUGUUCAACGCAUCGACUCUGGAGAUCGUAUUGCUAGGCGUCGCCGGAUUUGCUCACGAGCCAGUCCUUAAUCGACUGCAAAAGCCAACUGAGCUACCUUUCGAAGAAGAACUGCUACACAAGGGUGUCCACAAUAGACCUAGAGAUUCCGCAACCUUGGAGAACCAAGGCAUAGAGAAAAUCGUGCAGAAACUUGGAUCAAAGUCAGACUUCGACUUGCAAGAAGCGUUGGGCCUGAGAGAGGCUGUCACUUUGGACCCUUCCCAAACUGCAUCUUUGAUUGCUGGUUUGAAGCAACGAGUGGGUCUUGUGCAAGGACCACCUGGAACUGGUAAAUCUUUCAUUGGUGCUCUAGCAGCAAAAGCUGUGCACUACCAUACCGAUGAGAAGAUCUUAGUUAUCUGUCACACCAACCAGGCCUUGGAUCAAUUCAUCCAGGAUAUAAUCAAAAUCGGAGUCGACAGGUCGGAAAUCGUAAGGCUUGGAUCGCAAGAGAGAACAGAUCCUGCCAAUCACUCUAUGCUGCUAUCAAAACUACAGAGUGCUGGGAACCGUCAUCACAACUCCGAUACGAUGAAAUUCGUACGACGUUCAGAGACUGAUGCUUCAACCGAAGCGGAAGACCUCAAAGAUCUUUAUCUCGGCCUAACACAACUCGGCCAGAUGCGCGAUCAUCUGAAUGGUAUGGCCAUGCAAGGUGAUGGAAAAUACAGCCUGGCUUUUGAUAUCAGUCUCGAAACUGAUGGUAUCACGCGUGUUAAUGAUCGACACUACUUGAUUCGACGCUGGGUUGAAGGAAACGAUCCUGGCCUAUUCCCAGAGAAAAAGAAAUAUUCGGCAGUUUGGGACCUUCCGUCGUCUCGCAGAAAAGAGCUUGUCGACGAAUGGAAGUCAAAAUCAAAGAUAAGCAAUGAAAAGCUUUCUGCUUUCUUGGAAAAGGCAAAGCGACACGAUGAGCUUUUGACUCAGGCUCGCUCUGCGAAAGGACAGCUUGAUGAACAGAUCAUCCGGAGUAAGAGAAUCAUCGCCUGCACGACCUCUGGAGCAGCUAAAUAUGGGCAAGUGCAAUCAGAAGCACCGGGCGUCAUCAUCGUCGAAGAAGCCGGACAGGUACUGGAAAGCCACAUUGUGACAGCAUUGAACCCACUCGCGAAACAACUCAUCAUGAUUGGCGACCACAAACAACUACGGCCAUUCAUCAACUAUAAAUUGAGUGUUGAGAAGGGCGAUGGCUACGACCUCAAUCGUUCCAUGUUCGAGCGUCUCAUCUUACAAGGGUAUACACAUCAGGUUCUUGCUCAGCAACAUCGCAUGCGCCCUGAGAUCUCAAAUCUUGUCAGACAUCUCACAUACCCUACCCUCAUUGACGCGCCCAAGACUCAAGGCCGACCCGAUCUUCUUGGCCACUCCAGUAACGUGAUCUUUGUCGAUCACGAGCACCGCGAAGACCGAGUCGAUCUUGACAAGAGAAAGGUCAAUGAGAGGGCAUCAAAGAGGAAUACCUUUGAAGCUCAGAUGGCGCUCAAGACUGUCAAAUACUUGCUGCAGCAAAACUACGACUCCAGCAGUAUCGUUGUGCUUACACCAUAUCUCGGUCAACUAAAAAGACUACAAGAGGUGUUUGAAGAGGAAGUCGAAGCUGUGUUGAGCAAUUCUGAUGUGACGAACCUGGAGAAGAAUGGUUUGAUUAAGCACAAGUCGGAAGUAAAUCCCUUCGAGAGAUGGAAGAGUUUGAACAAUGCUCGUACUACAGCGGCCCAUGGUGACAAAUCUUCAUCGGCAAAGAUUCAUUCGACAACUUCUGAACAGCUUGGUGCCGAUACUAUCGAUGGCCUCAAUCACAGCAAACUGCCUGUAGUAGAAUCAGAGGCCAUAAAAAGAGGAGCACCUAAGGCCAAACAAAGGCGCAGAAAGAGGCCGAAGAUCCAGAUAUCCACAAUUGACAACUAUCAAGGUCAGGAAAGCGACAUAGUUGUCGCCUCCCUCACGAGAAGCAAUCCGGAAGGCGAAAUUGGAUUUCUGUCCGGCCCAGAACGCCUCAAUGUUCUUCUAUCGCGAGCACGCGACGCCUUGAUCAUGAUCGGCGACUCGUCUACCUUCAAAAAUGCGCGUCAAGGCAAAGAAUUCUGGACCCAACUUUUCCAGCUUCUCGAGGACGGCAAGCACAUGUACCAAGGUCUUCCCGUCAAGUGUCAGAACCACCCGCAAAAUACGUCGAUACUGCAAACGCCUGAGGACUUUGAUGAGAAAUGUCCAGAGGGUGGAUGCUUGGAGCCUUGUGAUCAACUUUUGGGGUGCGGGAUUCAUCAGUGUGCUUCCAUGUGUCAUCAUGUGCAUGAUCACUCGGGGAUAGUGUGUCAUGUCGUUAUGGAGAAGGUAUGCGAUAGAGGCAAGCAUCUACAGAGAUAUGAGUGCCAUGAGAGUCAUGAGAAAUCUGGCCUCUCAUGUGGAUUAUGUGAGGAGGAGGAUGAGGCAGAGGAAGUUACGAAGGAAGAUGAGGCAGAGGAAGUCGCAAAGGAGGAUAGGAGGAACGCGGAAUUUCAUGAGCUAAUGAGGGAUCAAGGUGCUCGUCAUUGA